GAUUUAAUCCAAGCCGUCUGCUUCGGACACAGAACCACCCCGAUCUCAGAAGGGAUUCCCCGAGGACUAGCUUGAAAAUCUGUGAUCAUGGUAGGACUGAAGCCAUCUGAUAUUCCUCCUCCUCUGGGAGUGAAGGUACUGAGCGCGGGUACAGCCGCCUGCAUCGCCGACCUCGUCACCUUCCCUCUGGACACAGCUAAAGUCCGGCUACAGAUCCAGGGUGAGAAGGCAGCAGUAGAAGCAACUAAGAACAUCCGUUAUCGUGGUGUGUUUGGGACGAUCAGCACCAUGGUGAGGACUGAGGGGCCGCGCUCGCUCUAUAACGGCCUGGUGGCCGGCCUGCAGAGACAGAUGGCCUUCGCCUCCAUACGAAUCGGGCUCUACGACAACGUCAAGAGUUUUUACACAGGAGGGAAAGACAACCCUAACGUAGGUAUCCGUAUCCUGGCCGGCUGCACCACCGGGGCGAUGGCGGUGACCGUGGCUCAGCCCACAGAUGUGGUGAAGGUGCGCUUCCAGGCCCAGAUGAACCUGCACGGAGUCGCUCGCCGCUACAAUGGGACCAUGCAGGCGUACAGGCAGAUCUUCCUCCUGGAGGGCCUGCGCGGACUCUGGAAAGGAACGCUACCCAACAUCACCAGGAAUGCCUUGGUCAACUGCACCGAGCUCGUCUCUUAUGAUCUUAUCAAAGAAGCCAUUCUUGGACACAAGCUGAUGUCAGAUAACCUGCCGUGUCACUUCGUCUCUGCGUUCGGCGCCGGCUUCAUCACCACGGUCAUCGCCUCGCCCGUGGAUGUGGUGAAGACUCGAUACAUGAACUCUCCUCCCGGUCAGUACAACAGCGCCAUCCACUGUGCCUGGACCAUGAUGACCAAAGAAGGACCAACGGCCUUUUACAAAGGAUUCGUGCCUUCGUUCCUCAGACUGGGAUCCUGGAACGUCGUCAUGUUUGUGUCCUUCGAGCAGCUGAAGAGAGCCAUGAUGGCCUCCAAAAAGAGGAUGGAAGCCCCGAUAUAGAGUAAAUGAAUAAAAGACUGCUGCUCCUACAGUCUGUUGAACGCACUGACUCACUCACUCACUGAACGAGCUGCCAUUGGUUGAUUGACACGAAUCAGCAGAAGCAGCCGGCCGAGUAUUUAAUUUAUUAACCCUAACUAAAGGAGGAGAGGAAGAAGAAUGGACGCUCACCCUAAGCUUUAUUCUGUACAGCGAUUUUGAGAGGGAUGUAAACGUAGCCAGUUUAUGUUUAUUGCAUUGUAAUAACGAUCAUUUCUCUCAGAGUCUGUUUCGUGUGUAAUGAUGCUUUAUAACGUACAGAUCCGAUGCUGUUGUGGCAGAUGACGAAUAGAUGACGAUAAGCCACGUUCUGCACUUUGACUAAACUACUCAAACAUAAAAUGUGGCUUUAAGACACAACACUGUCUGUACACCAUCUUUGUUUUUAUAAUUAUUAUUAUUAUUAUAAAUAAUAUUAAACGAAUCCGUUGUUUUGUAAAAAAAAAAAGGAUGAUGUGUUUUUAAUUUAUGUAGAAAUGUUUACUGUAUGUUUAC